GCUUUUGGCAAUGGCUGAGGUUGACAGUAUUGACAAUCUUUUGGCUGCUAGGAAUUUCUUGAAUGCUAGUUUGGAAAAAUCAAGAGUUCUUGCAGGGGCACUGGAUAAAACUGGGCCAAGGUUGGAAGAGAUUAAAACAAGGUUGUCUUCUUUGGAGGCUGCAUUUAAGUCCAUACCUAUGCGAAAAUGUUCGCUUGGUGCGGUCAGAGAUCAGAUUGAAUGUGCUAUUGGCCCGGCUGCAGCUGUUCUGAGGGUGUUCGAUGGUGUGCAGGAGCUUGAGAAGUCGCUCUUGUUUGAGCCAAGUUCUGACCUUUCUAAGUAUCUUUCAGUCAUGAAGCAGCUUGAAGAAUCAAUGAGAUUCCUCGCAGGUAAUUGCAGGCUUGCAAUUGAGUGGUUGGAGGGUAUUGCUGAGGCUUUUGAUGGAAAUUCAGUUGUCGACAAUCAGUACAUUUCCAGUCUGAAGCAGUGUCUGAGAAUUUUACGGGAGUUGCAGGCUACUGAUGUAUGCUCCCGCCUGAAUGGAGGGGGCCUAUUUGAGCCAUUAAACAGACUUGAGAAUGAAUUCAUUCAAAUUGUGACGCUACACACCAUUCCUGACAUUUUGGUGGCCUCGUCAUUCUUCGCUGAAAAGCAAACUGGUAUUGAUCAAUCAACUGUUCCAGCAUCCGCAGUACAGAAGUUCCAGGCCAUAAUUGACCGGUUAAAUGCUAAUGGUCGGCUUGAGAAUUGCAUAUCUGCAUAUGUUAAAGUUCGAAGUUCGAAUAUCAGAAGAAGCCUGGAAGUUCUUGAUUUGGAAUAUCUUGAGAAAUCAGUUUUAGGGUCUGAUGACGUGCAAGACAUAGAGGAUUUUAUAGAUAAUUGGUGUGAUCAUUUACAGUUGGUGGUGAAGCAUGUGUUUGAGCCAGAAUACAAGCUCUGCAAUGAUGUUUUCAGCAAGACUGGAUCAGAUGCUUGCAUGCGUUGCUUUGCAAAAAUUGCAGCACGGUCUGGAAUUCUUUCCUUCCUACAGUUUGGAAUGAAUGUUACAGAGGCUAAGAGGAAUCCCCUCAAGCUGCUGAAACUGUUGGACAUGUUUGCAGUUUUAGACAGUCUGAGGGUGCAUAUCAACCGGCUUUUUGGAGCAGAAGCUUGUGCUGAAAUCAAAAACCUGACAAGGGAUCUCGUCAAGAGAGUUGUCGGUGGCGUACGCGAAAUUUUCUGGGAACUCCCUCUUCAAGUUCAGCUACAAAGGCAAAUUUCCCCUCCUGUAAAUGGGGCUGUUCCAAGAUUGGUAAGCUUUGUGACCGACUACUUGAAUCAACUGCUUGGUGAAAAUUACAGGCCAAUCUUAACGCAGGUUCUGCUAAUCCAUCAAAACUGGAAACAAGAGAAAUAUGAAGAGGGCCUUCUUACAGGCCAGAUUUACAACAUAAUAAAGGAAAUUGCAUUGAACUUAGAUGCAUGGUCAAGUGCAUUUGAGGAUAAUACAUUGUCCUACCUUUUCAUGAUGAAUAAUCACUGUCACUUCUGCAAUCUGCAAGGCACAGAGCUUGGAAAAAUGUUGGGAGAUUCUUGGUUAAAAGCUCAUGAGCAGUAUAGAGACUAUUAUGUAGAAAUCUAUGUGAGAGAGAGCUGGGGAGAAAUUUUUGCCCUUCUAAGCCAAGAUGGCCUAGCUCAGUUCCCUGGAAGAAAAGCAAAUUGCCGCGACACUGCAAAGAAGAGGCUAAAAGCUUUCAAUGAUGCUUUCGAUUACAUGUACAAGAAGCAAUUCUUCUGGGUUGUGGCUGAUAAGAGCUUGAGGGAGAAAAUAUGCAAUCUUGUAGUGCAGGCUUUUGUACCUGUCUACAGGAGCUACUUGCAGAGCUAUGGAGUUUUAGUUGAACAAGAUGUUAGUGCAAGCAAGCACGUGAAAUAUUCUGUGUAUAAUUUGGAGAAGAUGCUGAGCUCUAUGUUUCAGCCAAAGUUGGGAAAGUACGGAAGCUCAAAACACUUAGAAAUUAUUGGUAAAUUGAAGAAUGCAGUCACCAAUCAAUUUCAUUUGAUGCUUACAGCCACCUGAUCAUGUAACAGUAUUCCAACUUGCGUCAUUUUCUUCUUCUUGUAAAUUAAAGCUGUUUGAUUUUCCUUUUUCUCCAAUUGUACAUACAAUUGAAAAACUAAUUUAAGUUAUCACCAUCUGUACAA